GGCUGAGGAGCCGGGAAGGUGAGCCCUAUUCACACCUCGGCCGGGCUGCAGUGGCCAGGACUGGUUUGGGAAGGCAGGGCCCCAGGCGGGGGGCCCCUAAGCUGGCAGCCACAGCCUCCUGCCUGCUCACGGUUGUCCGGGAGCAUCCCAGGGCCAGAGCCUCUGCCACCUGCCCUGCUGGGACUCUGCCUUCAGCCCCAUCACCAUGAAGCUCCAGGGGUUCUGGACUGGGCUGGAAUACACCUGCCGGCUGCUGGGCAUCACCACUGCUGCAGUGUUGAUCGGCGUGGGAACUGAGACCUUCCUCCAGGGGCAAUUCAAAAGCCUGGCUUUCUAUCUGCUGUUCACAGGAGCCGCCGUCUCUGUAUGCGAAGGGGCGUACUUUGUGGCUCAGCUGCUGGCCAUCUGCUUCCAGUGUGAGCCGGGGUCCCUGGCAGACAGAGCAAGGGAGAAGGCCCACUGGCUGGGCUGCUUCCAGAAGUUCCUGGCCUACAUGCUACUGUCCGUGGCCUGCUUCCUCCACCCUGUCCUGGUCUGGCACGUGACCAUCCCAGGCUCCAUGCUCAUCGUCACUGGCCUGGCCUACUUCCUGCUAAGCAAGCGGAAGAAGAGGAAAGCUGCCCCCGAGGUGCUGGGCCCCCCGGAGCAGUACACAGACCCCUCCGGCAGCGCCACGAGUACCACAGGCUCUGGGGACACUGAGCAAACCUACACCUUUCACGGGGCCCUCAAGGAGGGGCCCAGCUCCCUCUUCAUCCACAUGAAGAGCAUCCUGAAGGGGGCCAAGAAGCCCAGCCCCCUGCAGGCCCCAGAAGCCCUGAUGGAGCUGAGUCUAGAGCCAGCUGACUCCCUGGCCAGGAAGAAGCAGGUGCACUUUGAAGACAACGUGGUCCGAAUCAUCCCAUCCCUCACAGAAGGCCUGGACGAGGGGGACAGUGAGCCAGAGGAGACCAUGUCCGACACAGCCCCCAUCAUCCCUCGCACCCAGGCCCCACUUCACCUGUCUUCUUUCAUGACCACUGACCUAUUCUGAGCUGCUCCCUCCGGCCUGG